AUGCAGAUCUCACCACCCCGCAACGCCCACGCCUUCUCCAAUAAGCGAAUGCUCAACUCAACUCCUUAUCCGAACUACGCCUCUUCUCGACCACGACAAGCUUCUUCGUCCUCAUCUCUUCGCAUUCCUAUGCCUGUCUCAAACCGCAACGCACGAGAACGAGCUCCCGUUCGUCAGGUUCAACAACCAGAAUCGGAAGUUAGUAUUAUUGUCACGACGUGGGAUGAUGAGGGGAAGUGCUGGUAUCCAGUCGAGGCUUAUGGUCCUAUCGGAGAACACUUGAAUAAAUUUAUUGAGGCCAGAAGAAGGGCUAAGCAGAUGAGUGAGAGAAGAGACUCGGAGUAA